AUGCUUUUUUACUUCAGAAAAGGAAAGAAAGCAACAGAAACUUGCCGAAAAUUAUGCAAUGUGUAUGGAAAGAAUGCGGUUUCAGAACGGGUGUGCCAAAAAUGGUUUGCUCGAUUUCGAUCAGAGAAUUUUUCAGUAAGAGAUGCACCUCAUUCUGGCCGGCGAAAAGAAAUUGACAUCGACCAACUGAGAGCUGUAGCCAAACAAGACUGCAGUCUUAGGACCAGACAAAUCGCAGAUAUUCUUAACAUAUCCAAAACAAGUGUGGAAAAUGAAUUGCAUAAACUUGGUUAUGUUUCUAAACUUGAUGUUUGGGUUCCCCAUAAUUUUACAGAAGCAAAUCUUGUCCAGAAGGUUUCUAUUUGCGAUACAUUACUGAAAAAGGAAAACAACGAACCCUUUUUGAGAAGAAUUGUUACUGGAGAUGAAAAGUGGGUAGUUUACAAUAAUGUGAAACGAAGAUCACGGAAAAAAGCAGAGGAUUCUCCAAAACAAACACCCAAAGCAGGUUUUCACCCAAAGAAAGUUCUGUUAUCGAAAUGGUGGGAUUGGAAGGGUGUUAUCUUUUUUGAACUUCUUCCCUUGAAUAAAACCAUAAAUCCAGAGGUUUAUUGUGAACAACUGGAUAAAUUAAAUGCGGCUCUUCAUCAAAAAACGGCCAGAACUGGUGAAUGGCAAAGGCGUUGUUUUCCACCAUGA